AUGAACAUCGAAGUUCCAGAGUACAUGACUGUGCUAAAAUGGGAACGCAACACAACUUUUCUUGACUUACAUGGGGUAACAGGGGUUCUGGUCAGGGGCGCAUAUUGUCGGAUGAUGCAGACAAUCGAGUCCGGUCUGUGGCCGGAGAGGGAGGCGAAUAAGAGUUCAGAUACAGCCAUGGAUGUUGACUCGGAUCCACAAUACAACCCCUUCAAGACCAAUGCGACGUUUUCAAAAUCAGAGAUUGUGGAUGGUAUAAUAGUGACUGGUGGACCUGGUAUUGGUAAGACCCUGUUUAUGGUCUAUGUUCUUACACUAUGCCUCCUUGCUCGUCAACCUGUAGUCUGGCAGGCUGAUUCCGAUCAGAUACUUGUGUUUGACGAGGAAGGAGUCUAUUCAUCUCCGCUGCACCGUGAGCUGCCAUUGUACAUGCCAGAGGAGGCCUUCUACCUAGUUGAUUGCAAUCGGAAUUGCCCUUGUCCUAACAGCCUGCUCAUGCUCAACCUGGUCAAAUUGAAAAAGGGCAAGCUCUUGUAUUUUGCAUCCCUUCGUUACCAAAACAUGGAUUUUACCACCAAGAAUCCAGUAGAGCUACCACCACUAUUUAUGGAACAGUGCACUCCAGAAGAUCUUCUGACUGCUAUGGGACAAACCGGUCUCAGAAAGGCGGAUUGA